AUGAUUGUGAACAUCUACGAUAACUACCUACGAUAUGACACGUUCCACUUGAAAACAGUGUGGGGUUUGAGAGAGAGAAACCAAGGGAGAAAAAAACACACAGACUGCAAAAAUCUCUCUAAAGGGGUUUACAGCGAGAGAGAAGAACUGGUUCUAGAGCGAGAGUGUGAGAGGGAGAGAGAGAAAGGAGAAGAAGAGCUGGGUUUUAUGUCGGCAGGUUCAUUGAAUCUGAUUGGGGCUCCAUUGAAGCUCUGUAUUUCUUUUGCGUUGUUCAUCUGUUCUUAUCUCUGCUGUUUCACUCAGCAGAGUCUUCUUCUCUGUGUUCCGACUGUUUCGAUGCGUUUGAGGCCAAAAAGGACUUGUUCUGGAGUCGAGUGUUUCGGUGGUUUUCACAUAAAUAGCUUUGGGCAUGUUUUGAGGCUGCAAAAGCCGCCGGAGUUUUGA